AUGGGGCUACGAUGUCCAUCAAGCUCUCAUGAUCGGCAAGCCGCGGACCCGUACGCUGCGUUACGCGAGCCGAUGGGUUCGGCUGGGAAGGGAGAUCCGAUGGCUUGGGGGUCAGUGCGGUUUGGCAGGGAAGCGACGGACCCGCCCCCCAAGCAUACGGGGGGUCACGCGGUUCAUGUGAAAAUCGAGGGGGCAACGAAGCGGCACGAACCCUCGGCCACUGCAGCAGCGAAUGACGGUGUGGGAGGAGGUGUGUGGGCGAAUGCCUUGGGUGAAUGUGGCGGCGGUGUGGAAGGCUCCAUGUGGGAUGUACGGGAGAGCAGGGGAGAAGGAGGAGACGCGAAAAUGGAUCCGGCGACUAAGGAGGGGAGGGGAGAGAGCAUGGGUACACCUGGCGCAUCCAGUCGGCCGGAUGUGGCUGGCGGCAGAACUGUGGAGCAGCUCAUGCGAGAGCUUGCCCAGCGGGAUCGCGAAAUCGCGGCACUCAAGGCAAGGCCAGGAUCAAAAGGACCUGUCAAGCCCUGCAACCCUCCAUCUAGGCCUCCUCCUCUAGCGUCUCUGUCGAGCGGCCCAUCUGCAGGGGGCCUCGAUCCAGGCGUGGCGCCAGAAAGCCCAUCGACGGUAGACGUACCGGUCCGUCGAACGCGUGGGAUGCCCACACCCAAGCUGCUGAAGGUGAGAUUCGUGUUGGUGGCAUUAUGCGCAGUGAUAGCGGCAUGUCUGCUGUGGGAUAGGCAUUCCCAGUACGCCUCGCUUCAAGGAGGUGGCGCUGGGCGUACGAUGCUCUCACACUCUGCCCCCGCCCCCCUAGCUCACCAUAGCAGCUAUCCUUCCUCUCCCUCCCCCCUCUCUCCCAUCUCUCCCCUAGCUCUUCCAGAUCACCUGUUCCUGGUGCUGGUGGUGGUGUGGGUGGCACGCGGCGCAGGUAUAGAGGAAGCCGUGCUGCUGGUCACGCGUGUGGCAUGCGGCGCAGCGUGCAGUGGGGUGGCUGCAGUGGAAGUUGAGACUCCCCAGCUCCUGUUCAUGGUGCUGGUGGUGGUGUGUGUGGCACGCGGCGGAGUGAUAGCUCACCAUAGCAGCUAUCCUUUCCCUCCCUGCACCCUCUCUCCCAUCCCUCCCCUAGCUCUUCCAGAGCACCUGUUCAUGGUGCCGGUGGUGGUGUGUGUGGCACACGGCGGAGUGAUAGCUCACCAUAGCAGCUAUCCUUCCCCUCCCUGCACCCUCUCUCCCAUCCCUCCCCUAGCUCUUCCAGAGCACCUGUUCAUGGUGCCGGUGGUGGUGUGUGUGGCACGCGGCGGAGUGAUAGCUCACCAUAGCAGCUAUCCUUCCCCUCCCUGCACCCUCUCUCCCAUCCCUCCCCUAGCUCUUCCAGAGCACCUGUUCAUGGUGCCGGUGGUGGUGUGUGUGGCACGCGGCGGAGUGAUAGCUCACCAUAGCAGCUAUCCUUCCCCUCCCUGCACCCUCUCUCCCAUCCCUCCCCUAGCUCUUCCAGAGCACCUGUUCAUGGUGCCGGUGGUGGUGUGUGUGGCACGCAGCGGAGUGAUAGCUCACCAUAGCAGCUAUCCUUCCCCUCCCUGCACCCUCUCUCCCAUCCCUCCCCUAGCUCUUCCAGAGCACCUGUUCAUGGUGCCGGUGGUGGUGUGUGUGGCACGCGGCGGAGUGAUAGCUCACCAUAGCAGCUAUCCUUCCCCUCCCUGCACCCUCUCUCCCAUCCCUCCCCUAGCUCUUCCAGAGCACCUAGCACCUGUUCAUGGUGCUGGUGGUGGUGUGGGUGUCAUGCGGCGGAACGUGCAGGGCUUCAAGUGGGGCGACCGUGGGCUGUAUGUUCACGAGUCAGGAUUCGAGGCGUUCCGGGGGACGGCCGAGCCUGAUGAGGAGAGGAAGGACCUGAAGGAGGAAGAGCAGGAGGUGUACGACGCGGAGGACAUGGAGACGGAUGACGAUGAGGAGGAGGACGAGGAGGAGGAGGAGGAGGAGGACGAGGAGGAGGAGGAGGAGGAGGACGAGGAGGAGGAGGAGGAGGAGAAACAGUGGGGGCAGGAGCGGAGGCAGAGCAAAAGGCACAAGAGAUGCAAAAGCAGGGGAGGCAAGAGGGAUGAGGAAGAGGAGGAGGAGGAAGAGGAGGAGGAGGAGGAGGAUGAGAAACGGGGGGGGCAAGGGCUUAGGAAGGGCAGAAGGCAGAAGAGAGGGAAAAUCAGGGGAGGCAGGAGGGAAGAGAAAGAGGAAGAGGAGGAGGAAGAGGAGGGGCAGGAUGAUGAGAAACAGGGGGGGCGUGAGCGGAGGAAGGGCAGAACGCACAAGAGAGGCAGAGGCAAGGGAGGCAGGAGGGAAGAGGAAGAGGAGGAAGAGGAGGAAGAGGAGGAAGAUGAUGAGGAUGAGGAUGAGAAGCAGGGGGGUCAGGGGCGGAGGAAGGGCAAAAGACACAAGAGUGGCAAAAGAAGGGGAGGCAAGAGGGCCAAGAGGUGGGGUGACAAGACAAGGGGGGCAGCAGAUGAGGCAUGA